AUGGCUUUCUCGUCCCCAGGUGCCCCAGGUCAGCUCGAUCUGCGGCCGCUGCAACCGGUGGUUCUCGAAGAUGUUGAUGUGACGAUUGACAUCAUCGACAUCGUCAAACUUGCCUGUCAAGCUAGCCAGACGGUCUUGGAAGUGUAUAACCUGUCAAGUCAAGAUUGGGGAAUCGAGUUCAAGGACGGCAGAGAGCCACUGACGAAAGCGGACCUACAAGCAAACCAGGUCAUUUGCACAGGUCUUACUCGGCUCUAUGGAUCUACCAUUCCCAUAAUCAGCGAGGAAAACAAAAAAGCAAGCUGGACCGAAAGAAGCCAGUAUAAGUAUUUCUGGCUCAUUGAUCCGCUUGAUGGCACGAAGGAGUUCAUCAAACGAAACGGCCAGUUCACAGUCAAUAUAGGUUUGUGCCGAGGAAACGAGGCGAUACUUGGCGUUGUCACCGUUCCCACGCAGGGACACGCCUUUCUGGGUGCGGCCGGCGUAGGGGCGUAUAAAUUGGUCCCGGGGAAACCCCGUGUAAAACUCCAGACGGCCCCGUUCUCAAUAGAGGAUCCCGAUCUUAGAGUCACGGCGUCUUCGUCUCACAAUUCGCCGGAAACUCGCGCUUUCACGGAGAAGCUUACGAGGCCACAAGUUGUCCAAUAUGGGUCCUCCUUGAAAAUCGUGAUGCUCGCUGAGGGACAGGCUCACCUCUAUCCGCGCUUUGCGUUGUGUUGCGAGUGGGACACCUGCGCGGCACACGCGGUGCUGAAAUUCGCCGGAGGAGAAAUCUAUCAGGCUGGCAAGGACGCUGACGGACUGUACGUGUCGAAGGAACCUCUCCAGUAUCACAAAGAGGAUUUCCUGAAUUCUUUCUUUGUAGCCGUUGCCAACAGAGAGGCCAGCCAAUCGAUGUGGUCCAGCCAGAACCUGGUCAAGACACUCGGGCGCGUUUCCGACUCCAAUUGCCAGGAGGUACUGAAGAAGAAUGCUGUGGCCAAGCAUUACCAAAGCCGGUGUGGCGGGGCGAACGCCUUCACCUGCAUCGAUUGCUACAAGACUUUCGAUCGUCAAACAAUCAUUGGCCAUACGAGCUGCACGACAGAGGAAGACAAGUGGCAUGGCCAGUAUGCGAAGUCCCGACGAACGCAGAACGGAAAUCCUCAAGUGUCCCAGGCUGGUCAACGUGAACGUGAGAGGAAGAAGCAAAAGACAGGCGACGCGGCCCACGGCACAACGUCCCAAAAGGUUGAAGCUCUCCAAGAUAACAAAAAGGCUUCGGCGAACGCUCGCAAGCAGAACGGCAAUCUUUUUCAGUGGCAAGGAGACUGGAAAUCUACCGUCGAACACAUCUUGAAUAAUCAGCCCAAUCAUUCUAUGGCUUGGAAGCCUCUUGCCAACCAGGCAGUAGAUCUGUAUCUCGCCUCAAACAAAAACAAAACACAGAAACCUCCGGAGAGCAGAGAGAUGCUCGUCAACGCUUGCCUGGCUUCCAUUCCCGAAGAUUUCGUCAACGACAAGGACGAAUUCGUGAGACUGCUUCACGCCUAA